AUGGGUAAUGAUGGUGGCAGUUUUGCUGAAAGAGCAGAGUUGGUUAAAUUAAAAAAACCAGAAAAAAGGGUUGAGAGUCUAUUGGUUGCAAAAGUAAAAUCCUAUUGUAAUUAUAGUAAAGAGCUUAAUUUUGUUCCUUGACAAAAGAAAGAUUGAGAAAACCCAUUGCCUGUUGUAGGAUUGGAUAUCUAUACAACUAUGAUUCCUUACUUAAGGCCUUCAUGGACAAGAAAAUUCCUUAAGAGUUUAAGCAUUUAUAAAAUGUAAAUUUUCAAACUUAUUUCAGCUUAAAAAAAUCAAAAAACUCAAUAUUACAGAAAAUCCAGAUCAAAAUAAUGAAUUCCCUUUCGUUUGUCCCAUUAGUUAAAAAUCAUUAAAUGGAAAAGAAAAGUAUGUAUUUAUUUUAAAUAGAUUCUAAGCAUUAUGGACUUGUGGUUGUGUUUUUUAUGAAAAAUUGAUAAAAGAUCUUAAGAUCAAAGAGUUAAAAUGCCCAAUUUGCACUAAGCCCUACACAGAGAAAGACAUAGUUCAGUAAUCGAAACAAUUUAUUAUUAUUGUAGAUUAUGUCCAACUAAUGAAGAAGCAGAGAUUAAAAAGGCAUAGUUAUAUAAAGAAAUUGAAUUGAAAGAGAAAUAAAAGGAAGAUCAAAAAAAAUAGUUGAAAGUCUCCGAUACAGUUGAUAAUCUAGAAUAAUAAUAAAAAAAAAAAGUAUGCACAGAAGAACAGAAAUUCAAGGGAUAAACUAUGGAGAACAAUAAACUCUAAAAUCACACUUAAGAUCUAAAACAUAAUGAAAGUAAAUAUAUAUUAUUACCUAAGUUUACUAAUCCUUAUUUCAUCAAUAACACAAACUAGAAGAUAAUCUAUUUACUCGAAAUGUGAGAUUCGGAAAUAGAUGA